AUGAGUGAACGGGGAAAUCAAACCGAGGUCAAAGGUGAAAUCGAGAGCGAGAGCAUCACACGGAGCUCAAGUGAAGAGACUCCGGUCGAAGGUCAACUCCAUGAAAUAAUUAUCUUGAAUGUUGGCGGCAUUAAGCUCAUUUCACUGUUGUUGCUUUCUUUUUUAAUGUUGCAUCCGACCAACGGAAACGAAUAUUUCAUUGAUCGCAAUGGCUACGCGUUUCACUAUGUGAUGGAGUUUUACCGUACCGGGACGAUUGUUUGGAGGCCGGCACUGGAAUCUCCCAACUGUAUCCACUCCUGCCCGCGAAACUCCUCAACUCCUCACCCAAUCUCCUCGUCAUCAACCUCCUCCUACACAGAGAUAAACAAUGCCACAGUUCCAACCCGAGCUGCCGCGGCGUUUGUGGCUAUCUCGCCUCAGGCAACGUCGAACGGGAUUGGCUUCCCGAAUAACAUCCAACAGUCGGCCCUAAAACCAAUCACUCCGCCUUCGCCUCCCCCCUCAAACCCUGUCCCCCCUGAAAAGUCUUCGUGUUGUCACUAUCACAGCUCACCGCGUCCAUACAUUUCGUUGCCUGAACUUGAACAAGAAUUCAACUACUUCCAGAUACCCUUCACCUCUCAGGUGUCAGUGGCUCACAAGGCCGCCGGGGAACUGCUUGAUUCCUUCGCCUACGCGGUUCAAGAACUUUUGUGUGCCUCCAUCGCAAAGUUGAUAGAUCGCGUGUGGAUAACAUUCUAUCGCGACGGGUCUCAGAUGGAGUGCAUAAUACCGUCGCAAGUAAGCAAGCUGAGAGAGUUCAGCUUAAAUGGUUACUGCAUCAUCAAUCACUUCUACGAUGACAUCAAGAAAUACCUGGAAACC